AUGGCUCAAGAUCCCAGGGUGGCUUUACAGAAGGCCGAUAAGGCACUUGCGGGUGCGGGAUCCGGAUUCAGCUUCUUUGGAGGUCGCUCCGAUAAAUAUGAGAACGCCGCGGAUCUCUACAUCCAAGCCGCCAAUGCAUUCCGCAUGGCGAAGCAGGGAAUGGAAGCAGGACGGGCCUUUGAGAAGGCCGGAUCGAUUCAGCUCACGAAUCUGAACGAGCCAGAUGACUUUGCGAAUACCAUGACUGAAGCCUUCAAGGCGUACAGGAAAGAGUCGCCAGAAGAUGCCGCGAGGUGUCUCGAUAAAGCCAUAUCACACUACGCCAGUAAAGGCAAUUUCCGACGAGCUGCAACUCACAAACAGAACAUCGCCGAACUCUUCGAGGUGGAGCUUCAAGAUGAAGGACGAGCUGCCGCUGCUUACGAAGAGGCCGCAUCUUGGUACGAAACUCUUGCAAACAAGCUAUGGCUGAAGACUGCGGAUCUGGUCGCACUCGAGGGCAAAGACUAUGAGCGCGUCGCAAAGAGUUCAGUUCAGAACAAUCUGAUGAAGUGGUCGGUCAAGGAGUAUCUUCUCAAAGCCGGAAUCUGUUCGCUAGCUACUGGAGACAUGGUCGGCGUCAAUGCCGCACUGGAGCGAUACCGCGACCUCGACAACAGCUUCUCCCAACAACGGGAACACCAACUCCUCGUCGACUUGGCCGAAGCAUGCAAGGAAGGCGACCAAGAGAUGUUCGCAGACAAGCUCUUCCAGUAUGACCAGAUGUCUAAGCUGGACAAGUGGAAAACUACUAUCCUGCUGAGGAUCAAGAACAGCAUCGAGUCAGUUGAGGAGGACUUCUCUUGA